AUGCCUCUCCUGAUCAACCCCAUCACCAUGGACCUGUCGAGUUUUCUCUACUCCCACGACCCGCUCCACCACACUAACUCCCGCCACCAUCUGCCUCCGCACCACCCCAGCUACAACCACAUCCACCAGAACCUCAGCCACGUACCAUUAGAGGAGCAGAGCCCAAUCUACACCCCUACGGACCAAUUUCAGCAGGACCUUCAACAGCACCUACAGCAAACACACACGUCAGACCUUACACAUCCACAACAGCUCUACACAAGUUUCAGACUCAGUUACGGUUACUCGCCCAGCCAGUCAUCGUCCUCUUCUACCUCAUCCACAUCUUCCUCGCCUCCGUCCAUGUUGAAUUUGUUGUCCAGCCCGUCCCCAACAGAGAUGCCAGACUACCCGCCCGGAUACGAGCUCAUCAAAACGUCCCGGAAGCGGAAGCGGAAGUGUCAGCAGCAGCAGGUACAGCAGAGGCAGGCGGCCAACAUGAGGGAGAGGAAACGUAUGCAGUCCAUCAACGACGCUUUUGAAGCAACUAAUGGGCAGGUAACCUUUUCAAAAUAUCUCGGUGUGGUUCUGGAGUUAAAGAUGCUGAGAAAUCAGAAAUACUCCUGUCGCAAAUCUGAGUCCAAUUUUGAUGUCUAA